AGAGAGAGAGAGGUGGGCUGUGGCUGUACCUCAGUGUUACAGAGUGUCGUCGUGGGAGCGGUUUGCUCUUCCACAUCAGACUCCUUCUAUCCCUCCGUGCUGGAGGAGCGAGGAGGAACCUCUCCUCUGUUUUUCCCCUGUGCGGACACACGGAUAAUACCACACCACGGCUGGGAAGAUGGUUUUUCUGCGGCAUAUGGUUACCCUUUAUACUCUGAGCGUCUUUAGCGGAGCAUCCGCCGCCACUCACUAUAAUUGCAAUGGUCCUCUGAUAUCCACGUUACCCCAUUCAUCCUUUCAGAGCUCCUCUCAGUCCACAAUCAGUUAUGCUGCUUACAACGCCAAGCUCAACAGAAGAGAUGGAGCAGGAGGCUGGUCUCCCAUGGUGACUGACCAAGAACCCUGGCUCCAGGUGGACCUCAGGGAGCAGAUGGAGGUGACGGCUGUGGCUACGCAGGGACGUUAUGACAGCUGGGACUGGGUCAGCAGUUACCUGCUGCUCUACAGUGACACGGGCCGGGCCUGGAAGCAGUACAGACAAGAGGACAGUGUGGGGAGAUUUGUCGGGAACGUGAAUUCGGAGGCUGUUGUCCAGAACAAACUGUCCCACCCAGUGAGAACGCGUUUCCUGCGUUUCGUCCCUCUCGAUUGGAACCCCAGUGGCUGGAUGGGCCUCAGAGUGGAGGUGUAUGGCUGUUCCUACAAGUCAUAUGUGGCAGACUUUGAUGGCAGAAGCUCAUUACUGUAUCGAUUCAACCAAAAGUCCAUGUCAACGGUGAAGGACGUGAUCUCUCUGCGUUUCAAGAGCCAUCAGGCCGAGGGUGUUUUGCUGCAUGGAGAGGGGCAAAGAGGAGAUUACAUCACCCUGGAGCUUCACAGGGGAAGACUGGACCUCUACCUCAACUUAGACGACAGCAGGCUGAGGUUCACCAGCGGUCGUGUUGCUGUCACUGUGGGCAGUCUGCUGGAUGACCAGCACUGGCACUCUGUUCAUAUAGAGCGCUUCAACAAGCAGGUUAACCUCACAGUGGACUCCCACACACAGCACUUCCAAACAAAAGGAGAAGGACACUCACUGGAGGUGGACUACGAGCUGAGUUUUGGAGGCAUCCCACUGCCUGGUAAACCUGGCACCUUUUUGAGGAAGAACUUCCACGGCUGCAUGGAAAACCUCUACUACAACGGAAUCAAUAUCAUAGACUUGGCAAAGAGACGAAAGCCACAGAUACACAGCGUGGGCAAUGUGACCUUCUCAUGUUCGCAACCCCAGCUGGUGGCCUGCACCUUUCUGAGCUCCAGCAGCAGUUUCCUGUCACUUUCAUCAGCAGCAUCUGCCACAGGGGGUUUCUCUGUUCGCUUCCAGUUCAGGACGUGGAACCCAGACGGGCUGCUGCUCUCCGUGCAGCUGAACCCGGAGCCCCAGAGACUGGAGCUGCUGAUCAGCAACAGCCGGCUGCACCUGACCCUUCACAGCACAGGACGACAGAAAUCAGAGGUCUCUGCUGGUCACAAAGUCAACGACGGUCUGUGGCACUCUGUGAGUCUCAACACAAGGAAUUUACAGAUCACUUUGGCUGUGGACGGUGAGCCAUCCUCCACAAUUGAACUGUGGGAACAACUGGAAUCAAGAGGCAGCUUUUACUUUGGAGGCUGUCCCACUAUGGACUGUCAGUACCUGACCCCAGCCUUCCAGGGUUGUAUGCGGCUCAUAUUCAUCAACAGCCAGCCGAUGAAUCUCAAUCAUGUACAGCAAGGAUUGCUGGGAAAUUCUAAUGAGCUUCAGUUUGACACCUGCAAUAUAAGAGACAGAUGCCUUCCUAACCUGUGUGAACAUGGAGGCCGCUGCUCUCAGACUUGGAGUUCCUUCUCCUGCGACUGUUCGGGAACCGGAUACUCUGGAGCAACCUGUCACAACUCCAUCUAUGAGUCGUCUUGUGAGGCCUACAAGCUGAUUGGCAGCUCCUCAGGCUUCUACUCCAUUGAUCCAGAUGGGAGUGGUCCCCUAGGGCCCACACAGGUAUACUGCAACAUGACAGAGGAGAAGGUGUGGACAGUGUUGACACACAACAGCACAGCUCCAGUUACAGUCAAGGGCUCCUCUCUACGCAAACCUCACAUCAUGAAGUUCAACUACAGCACCUCAGCUGAACAACUUCGUGCAAUUGUGUCAGGGUCAGAGCAGUGCCAACAGGAAGUGAUUUACAACUGCAAGAAGUCCCAUCUCUUUAAUACAAAAGGGUCUGGAAAGUGUUUUAAAACAAGCCGCAGAACAGGGUGGAAACGGAUGACUGCAAUGAGUGCCAUGACAGGGAGAGAGGAUGGCAGUCCGCUGUCCUGGUGGCUGGACCGGGAAGGAGAGAGACGAAGCUACUGGGGAGGCUUCUUGUCUGGAGUUCAGCAGUGCUCCUGCAGCCUGGAGGGGAACUGCAUCGACAUGAACUACUUCUGCAACUGUGACUCUGAUACAGACGCAUGGGCUAAUGACACAGGAAUCCUCUCCUAUAAAGACCACCUACCAGUGAGCCAGAUUGUGAUUGGAGACACCAACAGAACGGGCUCACAGGCCGUCUACCACAUAGGACCUCUGCGUUGUUAUGGAGACAAAUCUAUAUGGAAUGCAGCAUCUUUCUACCAGGAGUCCUCCUACCUCUACUUCCCCACCCUACAGGCAGAGCUCGCCUCUGAUAUCUCCUUCUACUUCAAGACUAGCACUCCUUCAGGAGUGUUUCUGGAGAACCUGGGCCUCAAGAACUUCAUCAGAGUGGAGCUCAGCUAUCCCUCAGUGGUGACUUUCUCCUUUGAUGUGGGAAACGGUCCAGUGGUCCUGUCCGUGAAGUCUCACCUCCCUCUGAAUGACAGACAGUGGCACUACGUGAGGGCAGAGCGCAAUGUGAAGGAGGCCUCCCUGCAGGUCGACCAGCUUCCCCUCCGCUUCCUGGAGGCUCCAGCUGACGGACACCCCCGUUUACGGCUCAGCAGCCAGCUGUUUGUAGGAGGAACAGCGUCCCUGCAGAGGGGCUUCCUGGGCUGCAUCAGGACUCUGACCAUCAACGGCGUGAGCUUUGAUCUGGAGGAGAGGGCCAAAAUGACGCCAGGGGUGAGCUCUGGUUGUCCCGGCUACUGCAGCGGCUCCAGUAGCCUCUGCCACAACAGGGGGAGGUGUAUCGAGAAGAGCAACGGCUACGUGUGCGACUGCUCCCAGUCCGCAUAUGGGGGAACAACCUGUAACCAAGAAGUGUCAGUGUCCUUCGACAUGGAGUCCUCAGUGACCUACACCUUCCAGGAGCCCUUCUCAGUGAUGCAGAACAGAAGCUCGCAGGCCUCCAGUGUUUCCACAGAAAGCAGCAGCAGAGCCAGAGAGGACGUGGCCUUCAGCUUCGUCACCUCCCAGAGGCCCACCAUGCUUCUGACUGUCAGCACCUUUAACCAGCAGUAUAUCGCUGUCAUCCUGGCCAAGAACGGGAGUCUGCAGAUCUGGUAUCACCUUCAGACAGAUAGGAGUCCAGACGUGUUCAGUCCUGCCCUCGGUAACCUGGCAGACGGACGACUCCAUCGAAUUCGAAUCCAUCGAGUGGGAAAAAACCUUUAUGUACAGAUCGACCAGGACAUCCACACAAAGUACACACUGUCAUCUGAUGCAGAGCUGAUCUUAAUCAGAUCCUUGACAUUGGGCAAAGUCACCAGGAUGGAGAACUUCAAUGAGGAAGUAAUGCAAGCAGCAUCUAAAGGUUUCAUUGGCUGCCUCUCCUCGGUCCAGUUCAAUCAUGUGGCACCGCUAAAGGCAGCGCUGACAAAUCGAGGAAGUUCACUGGUCACUAUUCGUGGUCCAUUGGUCCAAUCAAAUUGUGGAGCACUGGCAGAGUCCACCUCGCACAUACUGCAAGAUCAAACUGUAACAGCAAAUAAAGAUAAGGAGCAGCAUGGUAAUGGCACCCAGAAGGAUUUGGCUGUAAUAGCAGGUGUGGUCACAGCGGUGGUCUUUAUCGCUGUGUGUGCUCUGGCUGUGAUAAGCCGCCUCCUCUACCAGCAGCGGCGGGCCCAGAGGAGCAGCAGCAUCAAAGAGGAGAAUAGACACAGCAUGUACACAGACUACAGGACAGAGCUGCACCUCCACAACUCAGCCAGAGACAACAUGAAGGAAUACUACAUCUGACCACAGUGUGCACUCCAUGGACCUAAGCCACAAACGUACCUCUCUCUUAUAAAGGACUAACAGGUGGACGUGCUGCUGCUGCUGCAAAAAACAUCUCUGUGCCCUGGAAGUCUCUCAGGAACACUGCAAACGCCUGUAGCCUGUAGUCCACUCUUAUAAUGCUCCAGUACAAGCAAGUGGCUGAAUCUUUACGGCUGUUAGUGUAUUUGAUGUUGGUGAAACUGUCAGAAUCAAGCUGCUGUGAUUUCUGUCAUUGCAAAAUGUGUAAAGCAAAAGAUGAAUGUUCUGCAGGGGCGGAGAGAGGGACAACACGAGAGCAGUGAGUGAAAGCUGCUGUCCAUCCUGAAUGCGCACAACUUUAAACGUUUUGUUAGAAUAUUUCCACAUUUCAGUGGGGCUCACUAAAUUGUACUUGGAAAUGUAGGCCAGGCCUGUAAGAUCUGCGUGCAUUCGCUGCUGUCUUUGUUUUUUUUUUCCCAGUGGUGGUGAAUGUUGUAGAAGAAGAAAGAGGGACAAUACUGCCUAUACUGUAUGAGUGCCUAAUUUGCAUACAAGUUUUUAUUUUAGCAUUUUAGAAGUUAUUUAAUGUGUGUUGCACAAAAAGCAGUCCCAUUUACACAUAGAAGAGCUUAUUGUCAUUCAGUUCUGCACCCGGCACUACAAAGAAUAAAAAGGAAUUUGAAUUUCCCAGUCAUGCACAAUGUCUGCCAGUUGACCAUUAGUAAUGGGUGACUCUCCUGCACUGAGUUGUUUUCCACUACACCGUUUGAUGUAGCAUGGAAAUUAACAAACCUAAAAAGUCCAAUCUUUUGUUAACUGGAUACGCUCCAGGUCUGUAAGGUUCAACACUUGUCUUUCAGGUGUUUCAGGUUUUGAAAUCUUGUCCCUAGCAAAAGCAUUGUACACCAGUCAGGCCACAUAUAUUUAGUUCUAGGCAAUAUUUUGAUGAUGACUUAUGAAAUUGUGGAUUUUUUGUAUUUAUUUAAUUGUGCAAAUUUUACUUGUGUAUUAUUUUUCCAAGCAUAUAAAAUCGAAAAACACCUGUGUAUAUUAUAUCAUCAGAGUAGCAGAAAUAAUACAUGAAUGGAGAGAAUUACAGUAUUUUAUAAAUAAAUAGUCAUUUACACAAACACAUACAACAACCGGGGUAACUAUCAACCAAACGGCAGCAGUCGAGAAUCUCAACAAAAACACAUACUGAUAGUGGUAUAUUAAAAAAUCUGGCAAACAACAAAGCACCCACAAGGUAUUUUGGUGUUCUUUGGCAGAUGGGCAGCAGUUUGAUAUGUACAGAGUUCAGCAAGUACUUACCGAAGCUGAUAUAACCACCGAGCGAGUUGAGUCAAGUUUGCAGCAGUAUGAAACAGUCACAGCAGCAGGUUUAUUGGGCGCUUGUACAGCUACAGUAAGUUCCGGGGUAAAAUGUGUUAGUCAAAACCUACUCUACUACACUUUGUCACAGUACUUUAGUGAGUUUGUACCACUGUUAAAGGUUGUAAUGCUUAUAUCUCAGUUGCUAGCUUGGCAAGAGAAGGUGGGCCAGACUAAGAUUGGGAGGCUGUGAUAUUUCUUGGAAGUAUUACUUACCGGCGUAGACUCCGGUACGUACCAAACUCAAAAAGUACUGGUACAAAAGUUUAGUUUGUCCCUUAUUUUGCAACGCUAGCCAGCAGUGCUUAGAGCUUUUUGCAACCAAGAAAAAAAAAACACUGUUACCUUGUUUAUUUAUUUAUUGUUUGGAUUACAGGGAUACGUGGUGUUUUCUAUAUAUUUCAAUCAGAAUACUUUUUAUAUGUCUUUUACUGGUUGAUCCUAAGAAAAAAUCCCUAUUCACACAAGCAAGACAAAAAGUCUAGAGCCGACGUAGUGGUCCUGCAAGCCUGUUAUACACAAUAAAAUUACAGUAAGAAUAAAGCAUGGAUGAAAAA